AUGAUUUAAUUAAUUUAAUUAUAGAUCCUAAACUAAGAUUUAUUUUCGGAAAAAAUACUUAAUAUGAAAAAUAUUAAAAAACUAAAUAUUUAGCAUUAAAUUUAUAAUACAAUAAUUAUGAUAAUUAUUUAACAUCAAAUUUUUUCUAUAAAAUUAUAAAAGCAAUUGAUUAAAAUAAUUUAAAUAUAAUUUUAAUAACAGGUGGAAAUGAUGGGGUAAUUCCUUUCUAUGAUAAAAAAUGUUUAAUUGAUAAAACAUGCAGUUUUAUGGAAUAAUAUAUAUCUGAUUCAAACAUUAUUUUAUAAGAAGAUUAGUAUGAAGGUCCUAAAAAAAGAUAACUAUAAUUUAAUACUGAUGCCGUUAAUAUAUAAAGAUACUGUUAAAUAGGAUUUCCUGAUUAUCUAUAAGAUAAUAAAAUGCCCUUUAAUAUAUGGGAACCUACACAUUAAGAUAUGGUUUUAUAAUAUACUGAUUAAAUUUAUUCAAAAAAUUGUUCAAAAGCUAUAAAAAAUAUUGAUUUGA